CUGAGUCGGCGCAUUCAAACCACGUGUGUAUAGUUCCUGAAAGGGGCUGGUCUGCUCAAGUCACUUUUAAGCUACUGGUUUUGAAGUGGUGUAAGUUAUGGAUGAAUUAGCUGAUGAUCUCAGAGCAUUUCUUCCGAACCACCCAUUUCUCCAGCUUACAGACGGCAAAAAGGUGAGAGAGCUAACUACACCACAGUACACGGCACUGCUUUACAUGCUGUGAUGCUAGCUGCAUUGCUAACAUAGCAAAUGAGCCAUGCACUGUCAAGUGUUUUGAUGGCUGGAUGUGUUGACCGAGGCUGGGAACUUGUCAAUGAUUACCAGUUUUAUUGCUGCACCAAGCAAAGCUACACGAGUAAAUGUACCAUAAUGCACCAUAAGCAAUGUGUCCUGAGUGUUUUGUUGCUGUUUUCCCCCUUUAGAUCAAAUGCACUCUAAAUGGCCACGAGUUUCCAUGCAACCUGUCCGAGCUUCAAAAGUUCACUCAGGGGAAGAAAUACGAGAAACUGAGUGCUGCAGCAGAUUUCAACUACAGCCAGUAUGAACCACACAUUGUGCCAAGCACUAAACAACCGUAAGCAGACCUUUGAAUCUUAGUUUUCAAGAGAAACACUUAAUUUUAUGUGCGGUAUUGGAAGAUGAACCACACAGUUGUCAAAUACAGAUAAAUGUCUUAAACAGUUUAUGUUGUAAUGUGUUGUCUGUUGCUACCUUUAUAUUUUUCAGUAAUCAGCUUUUCUGUAAGCUGACCCUCAGACACCUCAACAAGCAGCCACAUCAUGUAUUAAGACAUGUCAACGGGAAACGCUUCAAGAAAGCUCUCUCAAAAUGUAAGUGGAGCGCUUAUUUACGCACUUAACAUAUUUAUACACUGGCUAUAUUCUGUUUUAAGGGUUAAUGCUGACUUUUUGAGCAGUUUAGAUCAUUUAAUUUAAAGUUAUGUGUAGGUUUGGUUUGGCAGUCAUCAUUUUGGAGGGAUAUCAAAGAUAUCUGGUGUUAAAGCUUGAGGGAAAAGUGUCUGUGUUUUUGGAAAACACUUAUUUUAUUCCAUACUUACUCAGGACAUAAAACUGAAACAUAAAUUAUAUAUUUACUUUGGCCUGGAUUAUUGCAACUCUCUCCUUUUCGGCCUCCCUCAAAAAACCCUCCAUAAACUCCAACUGGUCCAGAAUUCAGCUGCCCGCAUCAUAACCUGUACCCCCUCCAUCCACCACAUCACUCCAGUCCUCCAACAGCUCCACUUGCUCCCGGUCCAGUUCUGCAUCCAGUUCAAAGUUCUCCUCCAUACAUUAAAGGCCACCCACAACCUCGCCCCUUCAUAUCUGUCUGAUCUCCUCCACAUAACAACUCUUCCUCCAUACACCUGUCUGUCCCCCCCGCCCACCUCAACACCAUGGGGAGCAGAGCAUUCAGCCGCUCUGCUCCCCGGCUUUGGAACUCAUUACCACCCGAUCUCAGGAACACUAACUCUUUCAUCCUUUUCAAAUCAAGACUUAAAACACAUCUGUUCAGAACUGCCUAUCCACCAUAUUGUCCAUUUCUCUGUCUCUUUUGUUUUUCCCUAUUUAUUUAUUUAUUUACUUAUUUUUUUGAUGCUGUUCUUAAAUAUGUUUUAAAUGUUUUGUGCUGUUUUUAAUGUGAUUUGUAUGGUGACCUUGAGUGUCAGAAAGGCGCCUUCAAAUAAAAUGUAUUAUUAUUAUUAUUAUUAUUAUUACUUUGAAACACAAGAAAAAAAGAAUGAAACACAGCAACAGGAAAAAAGAGGGAUGGGAUCAUCAUGGAAGACCAGCAUGGAAGUUUAUAUUGGUUCAGUUUUUCACAGUACUGCUCACUCCGUCUUCAUCGCUAAAGUAACAGUCUUCAUUCCUGUUCCAGAUGAAGAGUGUGCCAAGCAAGGGAUUGAAUAUACACCAGCCAGACUCAGACAGAAAAGGCCCAAAGACAGAGGAGAGGAUGGCAGUCGGGGGAGAGCGCCAAAACAGGGAAGCGUGCAGUGGGAACCCUCAUCCAGUGACGAGAGUCAUAGUGACUCAGAAGACAGCAUGAGUGACCUCUACCCUCGUCAGUAUGCACACUGCAGAUGUAUUUAUGCACUCUCUUUUUGGUUGCAACUUAACUUUGCUCAACACUUUGAUGUAAUCCCCCAGCCUCUAUAUUCAGUUUAAAAAACCCAACAGAAGAGAGCAUGGAGGGUGGUAAGGAUGAGGAGGAAGAUGACUUCCAAACAGAUGAAGAAGAGGAAAUGGAGACAGACAAGCAGGUGCAGCAGAAACGAAAAAAGGUCAGUAUAAAUCUUGAGUACCUGUUCCCCUGUGUAACAGUGUUGAUAUUUACUUGACCUGGCUUUAUGCAGUAAUUUUCCCCCCUUUUUUUCUCAGGUCCAGGGUGGUGGGUUUCAGAAGAAAUUCAGGAAUAACCACUGGAAAAAAGGGCGUAAAAAACAAGGGAAAGCACAAAGUGAAAAGUGAAACAUUAAAACAUAAAAUUUCAGUAAUUUUAUACCAGGUGAUUUGUCUCUUCACUCCCAGUUUCAGGUGUUUUCCCAUGUCUGAGCCAGCCUGAACUUUUGUACCAGUACCAUCCCUUAGAUUAUUCGUACUCUCUGCAAAUGAAAGGUUGUAAAGUCUCAAAUAAGGCUGGUAAUUGUAAAAUGGGAAAUGUGUUUGAGGCAUUAAACUCAUCAUUUUGACCAAAAAAUGUGUAUAUCUGGAUAUACUGUUGUGGAUAACUACUAAACUGAAAAUUGACUUGCAACCUGUGCCUGUGUUUACUUCUGUCAAUCCAUGCCCAUAACAUAACAUCAACUCAUGAGUAAGUCAUACUUUUUUUUUUUUGUACUCCAUAUGGACAAAGCGGUUUUCAUGGAUUUUGUACUGUAUACUAGUGAUGUGUCCUAUAAUGAAGAAUUUAAUCUCACUUUUUCAAAUCAAAUGUAUCACGUUUGAAAAGAGGCUGUCAGCAGUGCCAAAUUUUCACUUGAUAGGACACCUCCCCCUUGCUACUGAUUAGAGACAUAAAAUUAAGCUGACUGAAAAAGUCACUCUUGUUCUUGAUGGUCCUGUUCACUUUUUUGAGGGGUCAUGUCAUCACUAUUAGUUUUUCUCUGUUUCUUUACCAUCAAAACUCUCCUAGCAGGCGCUGUAAUGUUUGCCUUGUUGAUUGCUGUGCAUUUAAAAGCAUCUGGAACGUUGACCACUUGCUUGUUAAAAUACCAUGUUUUUUUUUUCAGUUGGCAGGAAGUGAACAUGUUUAAGAGUUUUAAGACCCCCCCCCUUCUUAUUAGUACUUGGUCUUGACAAGCCACGUGUUAACUGUGUCCCCUUUUUCACCUCAAUCCCAUUUUCUUCUUACAAACUUCUGCACAGCAUCCUUCUAGCAGGAGUAGUCCUUACAGCCACUUAUUACAUGACAAUGAUAAAGAGUAUAGUCCACUUUAACAAGCUACAAAAGUGUGUGUAAAUAUUGUACAAAUUUGUAGGUCGGUAGGUAUGUAGAUUGACAACUAUAACUAUAACUUACAACUAUAAGCAGGGGGUACUGGGGUAUGUGCGCACACGCACACACAAUAAAUUAACCCUGUCUGUCUUCAUCAUCCAGCAACUAAAGACUGAAGUAUCACAUGGAUGUUCCAGUGUAUAUUUUUCUAAAUUCAAAAACACAACAGUGUGGUUGCACAUAAAUAAAUUUAAAUUCUUUAAGGGCUUGAAAAGAUGUAUGUUUACUCAUAUCAAGCCUCAAGUAAGGACACUAACAAAAUAAAUGUUGAGAAAGCUACUGCUCGCCUUUUAAGACAUCCCAAAUAGUUACCUCUAACUGCCCCCUGAUUCCUGGCAGUCAACUCAUUUUUUUGUAAAUCAUUUGUGUGUAAAAUGAAAGGGUUUAUUUCAUGUACAUCAAAAACUCUUCAGCGUUUUAAUAUUUAUCCUACCCUUGACCGAAAAAAUUGUUUAUUUUGUAUGUUUGCUCAUAUCAAGCCUCAAGUAAGGACACUAACAAAAUAAAUGUUAAGAGAAAGCUACUGCUCGCCUGUUAAGACAUCAUAAAUAGUAACCUCUAAAACUUGUACGAGGAACUUUGGUUUGAGUAAAUUUUGGUGCCCCCUGA